GAAAAUGCCGUCGGUUUCGAAAGCGGCGGCGGCGGCGCUGAGCGGGUCCCCCCCGCAGACGGAGAAGCCGACCCACUACAGCGUCGGCGCAGACCGCUCCGCAGGCGCGACGGCACUUUCAACUACAGCCCGGACGUGUACUGCUCCAAGUACGACGAGGCCAGCGGCGUGUGCCCGGACGGCGACGAUCUGUCUGUGACGGUUCCUGGGACAGAGGGUAAGGGCACGUGUCCUCUGGGUGCCUGUCACUGGCCGGCAACAGUGUCACUUGGCUGUCGCCCUGCGCCUGGGGUUCUGUCCGAACAGGUGAGUUUCUCUCAUCAGAAGCAGGACGAGUGCCUUUCAGUGCCCCAGACUAUUUGCAUUUUCACUGAGCUAAGUUCCCGGUUUGUUUCACUAGCUGUCGUCCUGUGACCUUCUGGUCCCUAAUUCUACAUUAUUUGUUAGUGAUAUUACUCUGUAUAUUAAUGCAAAAAGUAGAGGGUCCUUGUUCUAGAACAGGCUCCCUGGUGUGGCAGAGGCUGCUCCCCAACAGCUCUCCUCUCUGGGGCCCCAGGGACUGAGUCGGGCAGAGAUGCGCAGGAGUGCCGGGAGGAGCUUGAGACGUGAGAUGCAGCACCGAGGGAGGGAUUUUCAAGCAGGCUGCACCGGCACCUAACGCAGUAAAACUCCUUAGGAGACGUCUGACCAUUCCACUCACACCCUCUGAAAACUGUUCCUUAGAACUGUCACUGGGAACACGGAGGAAACAGCUCCUGUUCGGGCAUGUGGAGCACAGUCAGCACACAGUGUUUCCUUUUCCGUAUCUGUGUGUGAGACAGUAAUAGUCAGGUUUUUUCUUUUCUUUUUUGCAAAGUGAGGACCAACUUGACCUGUAACCCGCUUUCUCCACCUUCCUCUUUUCCUUUGUCUCACGAAGUCGGGCUCCGGCCGCUGGGAUUGCCCGGAGGUGUUUGUGCAGAGGUAAUUGGAGGAAUUGCCUCACUUUCAGUUCCCCGAUGUACAAGAGGGUGCGAUCUGUCCCCUACCCCCACCCCCGUGCCCAUGUGAGGGGCCCUCGGGCUGGCUGUGUUCCAUCCUCUUGAACUGGAUGCUGCCACUCAGGUGAAAUGCCACAGGCCAGCCAGAUGUGACCUGUGACACGUGUCCCUGUAAGUUUGUGUAUUUCACUACAAAUGUGGAGAGUAGCUCUUGCUUCUUCUGUGUCUCCAAUGGACUUUAAGUUGUGAUAACAUCCCUAAAGUUUGCCAUUUUAAAUAGUUUUAAAUGUGCAAUUCAGCAUCGUUAAUUACAUUCAAAAUGUUGUGCAACCGUCUUUUUCCAGAUUCUUUCUCCCAGACAGAAGCUCUGCCCUCGUCCACACCCAUCCCCCUUCCCCUCCCCCUCCCUGGGCCCCACUCUCCCCUUGCCGUUGCUGUGAAAGUGACUGCUUUAGGGCCCUCGUGUGAAAUGACCCCCACAGUGUGUGUCCCCUGGUGUCCGGCUUGGUUCCCGUAACAUGACGUGUUCAGGAUUCAUCCCCAUUGCAGCCGCAUCCACACUUACUCUGCUGUCCGGAUGGACCACGCCUUGCUCAUCUGUCCAUCAGCUGGUGGAGACUUGGUUUGUCUCCAGCUUUAAGCUCUCGUGUCUCUGGUCACGGGGGCACAGGUAUCUCCUCGAGAGCCCGGCUCCUUCGGGGAUACGUCCGGAGGCGUCCCUUCAGGGCCCGCAGCGUUUGCCUUCUGCCUGGCGGCUGCAGGGCCCCUGGGACUUGCCGGGCGUGGCGUCUUCUCUGCCUCCUGCUCCUGCUCAUGGCCUGCACGCCGAAGGUGUGGUCAGAUCUAGGGUGCCCAUACCUGCACCGGACGACUGGGGACACCGAGCGCAAGUACCACCUGCGCUACUACAAGACAGGCGCCUGCGCCCACGGGACGGACGCGCGGGGCCACUGCGUGAAGAAUGGGCUGCACUGCGCCUUCGCCCACGGCCCGCUGGACCUGCGGCCGCCCGUCUGCGAUGCCCGGGAGCUGCAGGCACAGGAAGCCCUGCAGAACGGCCAGCUCGGUGCCGGGGAUGGCGCCCCUGACCUGCAGCCCGGGGUCCUGGCCAGCCAGGCCCUGAUGGAGAAGAUCCUGGGCGAGGACCCCCGGUGGCAAGACACCAACUUCGUGCUGGGCAGCUACAAGACAGAGCAGUGCCCCAAGCCGCCACGCCUGUGCCGCCAGGGCUACGCCUGCCCGCACUUCCACAGCAGCAGGGACCGGCGGCGGGACCCCAGGCGCUUCCAGUACAGGUCCACGCCCUGCCCCAGCGUGAAGCAUGGUGACGAGUGGGGCGAGCCGUCCAGGUGCCCGAGCGGGGACAGCUGUGCACACUGCCACUCACGCACGGAGCAGCAGUUCCACCCCGAGAUCUACAAGUCGACCAAGUGCAACGACAUGCGCCAGACCGGGCACUGCCCCCGGGGCCCUUUCUGCGCCUUCGCACACGUGGACAAGAGCCUCGGGAUGGCCAGCGACUGGAGCUGCCGAGACCUUGCCCUCGCCAGUGUCCCCACGACCCCCAGCGGGCAGCCCGGACACGCAAAGCGGAGAGAGUCACCUGCCAGCGGCAGCCAGAAGGCCAGUGAGCAGGACAGCAAGCAGAGCCACCUUGCAGUGUUGGCAGUGGGUCACCCCCUCGCUCCCAGCGUGAGUUCCAGCCUCGCGUCCAGCCUGGCGUCCAGCACCGGCUCAGGCGGCUCCUCGCCCACUGCUCUGCCCGCCCUCUCAGCCCGCACCCACCCACUCGACCCUUCCAGCAGCACCGGCGAGGGCGUCCCAGGAUCCACCCUAGACCUUCACCUUGGUGACAUCAGCCUCGUGUCCCCGGAUAAGGACCUGGAGGAGCACGACGGCCGUGACCUGGGACCCGCAGGUCAGAGGUCGCUGGGGGGCUCGGCCCCUGUGGCCAUCCCGGGCUGCCUGCCACGCUCCCCAUCCCUGCACUCCUCCUCAUCCCUGUCCGCCUCCCCGCUCGGCUCCUUCUCCCAGUCCCUGCCGGGCCCACUCAUCUCCUCGGCCAUGACGCCCCCCCAGCAGCCGCCACCCCUCAAGUCGGAGCCCAGAGCGCUGGGCCCUUCAGUCUCAUCCUACAACUCCUUUGGCUUGAACGGCGUCCCUGGCAGCAUCUGGGACUUCGUCUCCGGCAGCUUCUCUCCCAGCCCGUCCCCCAUCCUGAACGCCGGCCCCGCGGCCUCCUCGGGCGUGAACCCCAGCAGCGCCGAGCUGGCCCGGGUCCGGCGGCAGCUGGACGAGGCCAAGAGGAAGAUCCGGCAGUGGGAGGAGUCCUGGCAGCAGGUGAAGCAGGCCUGUGACGCAUGGCAGCGGGAGGCCAAGGAGGCCAAGGAGCGGGCGCUCGCGGCCGACAGUGCCCGGCAGCUGGCGCUGCAGAAGAAGGAGGAGGUGGAGGCGCAAUUCCGACGGCUGCAGGAGGAGCUGGAGGGCCGGGGCUUGGCCUCCGCCCUCCCCGGGCUGAGCGGCUGCGGCGACAUAGGUGCCAUCCCCCUGCCCAAGCUGCACUCCCUGCAGAGUCAGCUGCGCCUGGAUUUGGAGGCCGUGGACGGGGUGAUCUUCCAGCUGCGGGCGAAGCAGUGCGUGAUGUGCGGGGAGCGGGCGGGCGCCGUCCUGCGGCCCUGCCAGCACCGUGUGCUCUGCGAGCCCUGUGCGGGCAGUGCCCCUGAGUGCGCCUACUGCACAGGCCAGCCCCUGCCCUGGUGACGGCUGCCUCGUGCACUUCCUGGUGCCACCGACGUCGGGACCCCAGCCCCGCGCGGCCCACCCACGGCCUCAGACUCUUCCUCGCAGACCCUGACACCCCACGGGGCGUAAGGCAGGGUGACCCCUCGGGGUCUGUGGUCCUGACACCACUGUGACUGGAUCCUGGGAGCUCAAGUCCCGAGAAGCACUUUGUAGACGGAAGAGUUUAGGCAGAGGUUCCAAGUUGCUCUGAGCUGCUUUGAGGUUCGUGUUUUUAAUAUGCGAUAAUAUGAAGCUUUACAUGUGUACUGUGAACAGAGCACUUCCUCUCGGUCUCUCUUAGCCCGUAGCACGGUAACCAUGCUAGUUCCUGUCUGAGAUUAGUACUUAUGAAGUGAGCAUUUAUCUAGUAGAGAGAUACCUAGGAUUUUUACAGUUUUCAAAUUAAGUGCAAACCAAUAGUAUUUAUAGCAGAGUGAUUAUUGAGAGACGUAUACAUGUGGAUGAAAUUUUAUGAAGGGAACUCACUUCCUGAACGUGUGCACAGUAACUGCAGCGUCAGUGACAGCCCUGUGGCCGCAGGCCCCGCUCAAGUGCCUAUGCCUCGGAGAGCCGGGGAUGGCGCAUUCCUGUCUCUGGACCUGGCCAGCGUUCAAGUCAGCAGGGCAGUGGGGCGGCAGGGAGAGCCCUCCAUGCUCCUCCUCCCCCAAGCUCGCUGGUGGGCCUGCCGGCUGUAGCCACGCCCAGUCGCCCAACCGCGUGGGAGACACUGUUGCCAGGUCUGUUUGUCCAGGUGUUGAGGUCAUGUGACCACAGGUGGGGGGGACCUGGCCACUGUGAGGGCUGUGCAGGGCCAGGGUGGCAGCAGGGCUGCUGGGAACAGGUCGGAUCUCAGUGGCGGCUUCGGUCUCUCCUGUCUGCGUUGGGUCACUUUUCCGAGGAAUCCGGGAGGAAGUAAAAGCUGUCUGUAGUUGGCCGAGACCUUACUCACAGGCAUAGAUAGGGCAAGGAUCUCCCAGGAGUCUGCUGCGGGCGCGGAGCGAGGACUGGGCCCUGGCCCGGAAGGGACAAGCCGCCCCUGCCCGCCUGCCCAGGGCUGUGCCAAAGACUUUAUAUAGCAUUUUUUAAAAGUGCAAAGUGACUAGGUAAAAAUUUUUAUCAGUGACCAAAUUAGAAUGUAUUUACUAUAGUGAGAGGUUGAAAACCUUUUUUUAAUGUAAGACACACUGAUGGGAAAGCUGUCAUUCAAAGGUGGGUCCAUGGCUCCAUGCAGCUCGCCCGCUGCUAACGGUAACUCUGACUCAGUUGUGGUGAACCUUGUUUCUAAUUAUAGUGAUGAUGAUUUAUUAGUUCUUAGAAAUUACGUAUAUUUUGUGCUAUUGUUAUCACUGUUUAAAGUUCUUUAUUUUUAUUAAUAUUUAUGCACUUGUUUCCCAUGGCAGGCCUUUGGCCUUCUAGGGAAAUGGGACAAUGUCUGUAAUCGACUUCUAGCCUAGACAUUUUCAAAUUAUAAACAGGAACAAUUAAGCUUUAGGUGUAUUUAUAAGCUACCCCGGUCAGUACUCUCUGUGGGGUUCUGGGAACUGGAGGCGCACCCCCCCCCCCCAGGUACUUGCUGGCUCUGAGGACAGGUGUGGUGGGAAGACCAAAGAACCACCGGGGUGGGGCUCUUGGGGCUGUCCCCCAGCGGCCGGGUGGCCCUGGCCUUCUGAGGGGCGGAGCGAGCCUCCCAGGCUGGGCCGGGCCAGGCUCAGGGUCUCAGGGUGUCACCGCCCCGCACUCAGAUGACAAGGGGGUGCUGGGUGUAGCAGCUGAAGCUACACGGUGCUUGGCGAGGCCGCGGUUCUUGCUGCCAAGUGUCAGCUCCUGAGUGCUCAGUGUUAGCGGUGACAUUCCAUCGUCCCACCAUCUGUCGCUGUGGGCAGAAGACCUCGACUCCUUGUGGAUGCUUCAUACAAAUUAAUUUAUGGAAGCCCCAAUCUGUAUGUUCGAGUGUUUAGAUGAGAAUGCUACUGGGAUGGAGUUUUCUUAACCCAGAAGGUAGUAUUUAUAAUGCAUAAUCAUUUACUCGUAGUGAAUUGUUUAAAGUUGUUAACACUUGUUUAAAUUUUUUUACACUAUAGCAUUUAUGCAAUGGUUUACAGAAUUCAUGGAAUUAUUUUUAUCAGUAUGGAAAUUAAUUAAAACUCUGAUCUUUA